AAGGAACCAUGAACUUUUUCAUCUUUACCUGCCUUUUGGCUGUUUCUCUGGCAAAGCAUGAGGUAAAGAACCUCUCCUCCAGCGAGGAAUCAGUCAACAUCUCUGAAGAGGAAUAUAAGCAAUACAAUGAUGUGAUCUUCCAAACUAGUCCGGAAACUGCUGACAUCCCCACUGAUAAAACGGAGCUGACUAAGGAAGAACUGGUCUACCUCAAACAGCUGAGCAAAAUCAACCAGUUUUACCAGGAGUUGAACCUUCCCCAAUAUCUUCAGGCUUAUAAUCAAUAUCACUUAGUUAGGAACCCAUGGAAUCAAAUUAAGAUAAAUGACUAUCUUCUGUUUCCCCUUCUGGAAACAAAGUACCACUCUGCCAGUGAGGUGAGGGGCUCUCCUGUGAAGAUAACAUGGCAUCCAGAAGCAGAUAUUAAGGAAUCUACCAGCAUCUCCCAGAAAGAAACCUCAGAGAAGAUUGUUGAUAUGGAAUCCACUGAAGUAGGCCCCGAGGAAGUCGAGAUGAGUGAUGAAGAAAAGAAUUACCUGAAACAACUGGUCCAAAUCCACCAGUUUCACCAGAAGUUCACCUUCCCCCAAUAUUUCCAGGCUGUUCAUCCACAGCAGAUAGUUACAAACCCUUGGAAUCGCCUUAAGGAAAUUACCUACCCAUUUAUUCCCACUUUGGUUUGACUGGAAAAAUCUUUUCUAUAACUUUCCACAUCUAUCAUAUCACCUGGGAUACCAACCUGUUUUAUUGCUUGUUGAAAAGGCAACAAUCCUGAGCCAAAGCAAAACUGUGUGAAAUAUUGUCUGUAUUGUUUGUACUCUUCCUUUCUAUCACAUUGGACAUGCUAGGUCUGGACUGUGGUCUCAUAUUAACUGUAUUGAUGAUCAACUGAAGCCUCUGUAGCACGAUUGCUAAGACAGAAUCACACAUCUCUUGCCAAAACAUUAAAAUUUCA